AAAAUCUAAAAAAAAAAAUCUCAGUGUGUUGUGGCAGAGUGUUGAGGUUCAGUUGAUUUGUUACUAAUUAAGGUUAGAAUUUUGUUAACUUGACACUACACCAUCAAAAUGAUAAAUUACCUGUCAAAAAUGUUUAAAUUAAAUAAAUUAUCCACCAGUACAAUAAUCAUUUUUACAAUUAUUUAUUUUAAUCCUAUAAAAGUAAUAUUCGCUGAAGAAUUUCCUCAUGACAUAGAAAAAUCUUAUCAAGCAACCACAGAGGACCCUAGUAAUCUGGAUCCUAAAAUAACAAGUCCAGGUAAUUUAGGAUUUAUCCAUGCAUUCAUAGCAUCACUUUCGGUGAUAAUUGUAUCAGAACUUGGUGACAAGACAUUUUUUAUAGCUGCUAUUAUGGCUAUGAGGCAUCCAAGGCUAACAGUUUUCACUGGUGCAAUAGCAGCUCUUGCUCUUAUGACCAUUCUGUCAGUAAUAUUCGGAUAUGCAGCGACAAUAAUACCACGUGCGUACACAUAUUACAUAUCGACGGCAUUGUUCGCAUUAUUUGGGUUGAAAAUGUUGAAGGAUGGUUACUAUAUGGCACCGACAGAAGGGCAAGAAGAGUUAGAAGAAGUUCAGCUGGACUUGAGAAAGCGGGAGGACGAGUAUGAAAAAGAAGAAAUUGUGACGACAAUCCAAGACCCAGAGACGGGUGUAAUAAAAAAAAGUAAAGCUAAUCCGUGGAUGCUGAUUUCCCGGAUAUUUUUGCAAGCGUUUUCGUUAACGUUCUUAGCUGAAUGGGGAGAUAGAUCUCAACUUACGACAAUCAUUCUUGCCGCGCGAGAGGAUGUCUAUGGUGUUAUCGUGGGUGGUGUUCUUGGACACUCACUAUGUACUGGAUUAGCUGUUUUAGGCGGUCGAAUGAUUGCCCAGAAAAUAUCCGUCCGAACUGUAACAAUAAUCGGCGGAAUAGUCUUCCUUAUUUUUGCACUGACUGCGCUCUUUGUAAGUCCGACAGAGAGCACGUGAAAUCAAUAAAGAUCUUUAACUAAAUAAAAUAAUAAAUAACUUUUUAAAAAUAACGUACAUUAACUGAAAAAUUGUGAAUAUCAAAUAUUAUGUAAUAUAAAAAAAAAUUACUAUUUUACAGUAGGAAGUAGAAUUAAUUAAAAUUGAUAUUAAGUAUUGCUACUAGAAUUUAAAUCAAAUUAUUUUUUUUAAAAAACUACAGAGAUUUUAAAAUCUUUUAUUGUUUAUAUUAAAGAAAAAUUAUUACUAUUACUUUGUAGGGCAUCUUCACUUACUGAUACUGCGAGUGUGUUGUAAUAACAUUCGAGUACCUGAUAAAUAAAUCAUCAAACUAUUGUUUGUAUUGUUAAAUAAUAAAGACGCUAAUUAUUUAAAAUGAGUGAACUAUUUUGUUAAUUAGUGUCUUUAUAUUUGUAAAUAAUAAACAGUAUUUUUUUUAAUUG